AUGUCAGUGGUUGAAGGUAUUAUGACUUUGGUUGUUGACCAGAAUAGUGGUGAUAACAAUAUCAGAAGAAGAGCAGAACUAAGUUUCAAUCAAUGGGUUAAUCAAGAUCCUUCACAAGUUGCUCAUGUUUUAAUUGACUCAUCUUUAAGUGAUUAUUCUGUAGAUAUAGUACAAUCUUGUUUAUUACAUUUAAGAAGACUUGUACCUAAAUAUUGGUCAAUUGGAUUUGAAUCUUUCACAGGUACGGCUAUAAAUCAAGAGUUGAAAGCUUUAAUCAGACAAAAUUUGGUGAAAUUAGUUACUUCAACUGGUGAUUCAAAAAUUAGAAAUAGUGCUUCUUAUGUUAUUGUACAAAUAGCCGUUGCUGAUUACCCUGAUGAAUGGUCAGAUUUGUUGUAUGUACUUUAUGAACAUACUAAGGAUCAUACCAAUACAAAUGCCAUGAUGGGUGGACUUCAAGUUUUGAAUGAUCUUUUUGAUGAUCUCGUAACUGAAGAACAAUUUUGGAAUGGAGGUAUAGGUUCACAACUUAUAAAUCAUUUGAUGGAGAUUUUAUCAGAACCUCAAUUGUCAUCCGAUGUUAAAUCAUCUGCCAUUGCAUUAUAUAAAAGUGUCUUGAAUACUUUACAGAGUCCUGAAGCUUUUAAUGAUAGUACCAGAAAACAAUCUGUCUACCAACACAUAAAACAAUCAGCCGAAUUGAAUCAACGGUUAUUAACCGAUUCAGUGAAUAAUUCCACUGUUGGCAUUAAUGAGAAUAAAUAUAGAACGGCCAUCUAUUCGGUGUUAUCGGCUUUAAUAGGGAGUUUCAAUAAAAUCAUUUCCAAGGAUUUGAAAAUAUCUAUUUUGAAUACUUUGGUAGCUGAUUUUUAUCAUCUUUUACCUAUUUACUUAAGUGUUGGGAACAAUUCAGAUGAUGUACCGCAACCAUUCAAUGAUAGUUUCAGAGAACUUACCAGCCUUAUUAAUGAAUUACUUGGAGUUUUGAGCUUAAUUCAGCAUUCAAUCAAAAUUGGAGACCUUUGGAAUGAUCAAGAUUACGAAAGUUUCAUCAAAAAUAUCAUCAAAGUUACAGCUUUGAACAGUGAAUUGAUCGAAACUUAUGAAGCAGAUAUUAAUGAGUUCAUUAAUGAUGUCACGGGAUUGUCAGGAUUCGUUAAUGUUCGAGACUCCAUAAGUGAAUUAUUACUUGAACUCAAUACUCUUGAUUCCCAAAAGACAUUCAAAAUUAUGUCUCUGAUCAUUUUAUCCAAUGAUUACAGUCAAUGGACUUAUGCUGAAUCUUGUGUAUAUUUAUUAGAAAGCAUUUGUCAAAAUGAAGAUAGCGAGCUCAACAUUGAUGAAACAGCAUUAUCGAAAUUGUUAGAAAGUAUAUGUGCAUUAGUAAGGUACGAUAAUAAUCCAAACCAUCAUCCAUUAUUGACCUCAAGAGUAUUCUUAUGUUUACCCAAAUUUUUAGAGAAAUUCGAAACUUCUUUGAAUAGUAAAGUUGUGGUAAAUACCUUCCUCAUGAUGAUUGAAUUUGUUGGUCAAAUACCUGAAGAAAAUAGUGAGUAUAAUUUUGUUAGAGCUUCUUGUUUAAUCAGUUGUUCCAGUUAUUUCAACUUGCUCAAUUUAGGUGAACUUUUGUCCGAUGAUAAUAAGAAGAAUUCCAUUCAAUUGUCGAUAUUCAAAUUGAUUAUGAAUUUAUUGUUCGAAAGUGAAGAAGAUGCACUUGUGGUGUUAUUAGAAGCGUUAACUGUUUCUAUUGAUAUCGAUCCUGCCUUUGCUGCCCAUUGUUCUAUUUAUGAUGGCUUGACAGUGAUUGAUUUAGUAUUACAAAUCUCAUUCAAGAACCCUGGUAAUGUUCAAAUAACUGUUGAAUCAUCUAAUUGUUUGACUUCUUUAUUAAAGAAUUUAUCCCUCGAUCAAUACAUUAAUUGUUGUGAAAAAUCCUUACCAACAAUUUUGAAUAUCAUAAAUCUGUCCUUAGGUGAUAAUUCUGUAGAAUAUUCACCUAAAUUGGAUCUUAGUUUGGACCUUCUUAAUAUUAUCGUUGAAUCAGUUCCUGCCACCAAUAACGAGAAAGUUCUUCCUUCACAAAUCUUCAACUAUGUCUUUCCAAUUUUGAAGAAAUUGUUACUAUCAGCCUCUGAUGACCAAUUAUUACAAAGUGGUGGGGCUGUUUUCAAUAGUCUUUUACAAUAUGGAACUCAUUGUUUCGCUGAAUACAAAGAUGAAAAUGGUGAGAGUGGUAUGAAUUCUUUAUUAUAUAUUGUUCAUAAAUUCUUAUCACCAGAAUUGAGUGAUCGUGCUGCUUUGAAUAGUGGGAACAUUGUUACUUCCUUGGUCAAUAAAUUCCAACAACAAUUAGGUGAUGAAUUCUUAUCACAAAUCUUGAAAGCUACAGCUGAAAGAUUGGUCAUAGCUAAAGAGAUAGUCACUAUUGAAAAUUUGAUUAUGUUAUUCUGCAAUUUAGUAUUAUUAUCACCUGAAUCCAUGAUUGACUUCCUUUCAUCCAAUGUUGUUUUGAAAGAUCCAAAAUCUGGUGAGAAUAAACCUGGUUUGGAUUUAAUCUUGCCUAUUUGGUUCCAAUCUUUCGAAGUUACUCGUGGAUAUGAAAAGAUUAAACAAAAUGCUUUAGCAUUAGCUAAAAUCUAUUCUUUAGGCGAUAAAAGAAUUGAAUCAUUGAUUGUCAAUGGUGAUAUCAUUCCUUAUGAUGGUAACAAGAUCUUAACAAGGUCCAUGACUAAAUCCAUGCCUGAAAAAUAUACUCGAAUUUCAGCAUCUAUGAAAAUUAUCAAAUUACUUGUAGGAGAAUUAGAUUUCCAGUGUCAACAACCUAAUGAAAAAGACUUUUUACCAGAAGAAACCGUCGAUGAUGAUGAAGAUGAUGAAGGAGGUUGGGAAGAUUUGGAGGAUAUCGGGGUUCCUAACUAUGAAAAAUUAAAAUCUUACGUUGAAGAUGAAGAGGAACAGGAAUCCCCUCUUGAUGAUGGUUUGAAGAGUUUACUUGUUCAAUUCUUCAAAGAAUGUGUUUCCAAGAACUUAGGAGGGUUCCAAGCAUUCUACGAUCAACUUUCUGACGACGAAAAGAGAAUUCUUACAGAGAAUGUGUUUUUUUAA